AUGGAGUCCCCGAAAUUGAGGAGGCAGUCCCGUCUAAAGCUGUGUGAGGGUCCAGAUGACCAUUUUAUAGACAUGGAGAAGACUACAUUGACGAGGUGUGGAGUGACAAGUCGCCGCUUCUGCCUUCAUGCUCAUGAGAGAGCUCGUGCAAGGUUUUGGGUUGACUUCAUUGACAAAAAGCUGAAUCAUUUUGUUCCACUUAUCGUCGACCCUAUUAGGCGGUUGGUGUGGACAACAAGCAGUGAAAACAAAGAAGCAGCAGCAAAUGAUCUCAUUGAGUAA